GUUUUGAACAAUAUUUUCUUAUGCGUUUCAAGUAUUCCUUCAAAGGGAAUCACCUACUCAUCAACCCCCUAACACUCCUCCCACGUUGCCUUUCUCUCCAUCUUUUAUAUUUUCAACUCUUUCUCAUAACCAAAGAUCAAUUGAAGCAAAGAAACAUACAUUAGUUAAAUUGGAAUGCAAAAAAAGCUUCACGCUAGAUGAUGACAUGAAGGAGUUUUAGUGUCAGAAAUUUAGAAGGCUCGACAAAUGAUUCAAGGGCAGCUAAUAUUCAAAAUUGCAAUAUAUCUCUCUGAAGUAUAAGUACAUGAAGACAGGUUUAAUUUCACGUGACACCUUCUCACUAAUGGCCAACAAAUUACAUGAAACAUCUUGCAAUGAUACGAGGCUUGGCAAACUUUCAUGUGAGUAAUAAUCCCCACAUAUCUGCUAGUGAAAACAUCCUGCAAAUCAAAUUCCACUUACACUCAACCAGCAUAGGAACCAUGAAACAAGAGCCACUGGCAUCACCAACGACAUCGUCACUACCACAACCAACAAUAACAACAAAAAAUGUGAUCAAGAUUCAGAACAGUUUGACUCCAUCACGGUUAAGACUUCCUUCCAAGUACAGAGAGCCUCCAAAGACUCCACCAGAGGUUGUCAACAAUGGGAUGGUGUCAACGCCAUUGAGGAGAGCCAAGUCCGUAACUCCAGAGUUGAAGCACAAUUCAAGGAUCAAAAAGGGUCUUGUGCUGAACAAGGCCAAACCCAAUGAAGAGGUUUUGGGAACAACGCAAAGGGGUAGGGAAGUUGAAGAGGCUAAGGUUGUUUCUCGUUUCGUUAGGCCUCAUGCUGUGGAACAGUUUUCAAGGCCAAGAAGUGGAGUUGGAGAUUUUGCUUUUAAGAGGGAUAAGGAGGACCCUGAUGGGAAGAGUAAGAAGGAAUUGAUGGAGAAGCUCGAGGCGAGUGAGAGUUUGAUAAAGAAUCUGCAGUCUGAAGUGCUGGCUCUGAAGGCUGAAUUGGAGAAAGUUAAGGGCUUGAAUGUGGAGCUUGAGUCUAACAACAGGAAACUCACUGAGGAUCUUGCUGCUGCUGAAGCAAAGGUGGUGUCUUUGAGUGGCAAUGAGAAGGAGCCAAAUGGAGAACAUCAGAGCCCCAAGUUUAAACUCAUUCAGAAACUCAUUGCUGACAAAUUAGAAAGGUCCAUAGUGAAAAAGGAAUCCAUUACUAAUGGAGGCUUUGUUAAAGCAUCAAUUCCAGCACAAACUGCAAUUCCUGAGGUCACAACUACGAGGACAGGAAGAAAACCUACAUGCAACUCGUGCCUGCCACCACCUCCACCACCGAUGCCACCAUCAAUCCCUUCUAGGCCUAUAGCAAAAGCGAAUAACACUCAAAGGGCCCCAGCAUUUGUGAAAUUAUUUCACACAUUAAAGAAUCAAGAAGGGAUGAAAAGCACAACGGGGUCAGGUAAACAGCAGAGACCAGUAGCUGUCAAUGUACACAGCAGCAUUGUUGGAGAAAUUCAAAACCGUUCUGCUCAUCUUUUAGCAAUAAGGGCAGACAUUGAAACUAAAGGAGAGUUUAUUAAUGACCUUAUAAAAAAGGUGGUAGAAGCGGCCUACACAGAUAUCGAAGAUGUCUUAAAUUUUGUUAAUUGGCUUGAUGGUGAACUCUCAUCAUUGGCUGAUGAGCGUGCAGUCUUGAAGCAUUUUAAUUGGCCCGAGAGGAAAGCUGAUGCCAUACGUGAAGCUGCAGUUGAGUAUCGCGAACUUAAAUCAUUAGAGCAAGAGAUUUCCUCCUUCAAGGAUGACCCAGAAAUUCCAUGUGGAGCUUCCUUGAGAAAGAUGGCUAGCCUAUUAGACAAGUCUGAGAGCAGCAUACAGAGGCUAAUCAAGUUGCGAAAUUCUGCAAUGCGUUCAUACCAAGAGUACAAAAUUCCAACUGCUUGGAUGCUUGAUUCAGGAAUCAUGACCAAGAUAAAGCAGGCUUCUAUGACUCUGGUCAAGAUGUAUAUGAAAAGAGUGACAAUGGAGCUUGGAUCAGCUCGGAACUCAGACAGACAGUCUAGCCAAGAAUCCCUUCUUCUCCAGGGCAUGCAUUUUGCAUAUAGAGCUCAUCAGUUUGCUGGUGGUCUAGAUGCAGAAACUUUGUGUGCUUUUGAAGAGAUAAGGCAACAUGUACCAGCACACUUGGCAGGUUCUCGGGAACUUUUGGCUGGCAUAGCAUCAUCAUGAGAGGCCUUUGAUAUAUUAUACUUUCUUUUCCUUAUGUCCAACGUUGAACAACAUUAACAUUUGGAAGAAAUAAGAAGGAACAUGAAGAUAUUCUGAAAAGAGUACAUUAAAUAUAGUGGUUGAGCAAGUUAAGUGGCUAGGCUGCUACUGUUCAAUGGUUUAAAACUAGCAGCUUCCCUCAUCUUGCUCUGUGGAUAAAAUCUUUACUCAUCGAGCUUAAAUAUUUUUUUCCCCCCAAGUUAGACCCCUCUACUUUCUAAUUAUGUAACAACAAGAAGAAGCUUUGCAUGUAUAGGUGCAUAUAAUUAACUUCUACUGAGUACUGAGUUUCUGUAAUAAACUAGAAUUUUUACAGUGAUGUUAUUGAAAAGUAAAGUCCAAAGUAUUCAAAGACUUGAUUAUCAA